AUCUAUUUAAACUCACCUUCUGAGCUCUUUCAGAAACUAGCCGUUACGUUUUCUCUCACACACGCUCUCUCCCUCUUUCUCUCUCUAAUGGCGGCUUCAGUCGAUACACAAUCACCGGCCCACCUCAACAAGGAGUCUUCAGACGUCAUGGGUACUUCUCCUCUCUACAGCCCAUCUUCGGAUAAGCGUUUUUGGAGCAAUUUGCGUACCCGGAUCGAUUCAAUUCUUGAGGACCGCAAUAGAAAAAUAUCAAAUGAAGAAAAUCAAGUCGAAGGGGAGAAUAUAGGAGAAUCAGAUAGAGCGAAGCGAUUAAAGGAGGAUUCAUUGCUUCUGCUGAGAGGGUUUGACUCUGUUGCUCACACUUUGUCUCAGCUUUCAAACAAUAUUGACAAUGCCCUUCAGGGUGCUAGAGAUCUGGCCAAACCGCUCACCUUGACUGAAAUAUUCCAUAUCAAACUCAAGGAAGCAGAGUGUAAAGAGGAGGAAUCGAGAGACCAACAAAAUGAAGUGACCAAAACGGGAGUGAAGAGGAAGUUUAAUCCCAAUGAAAGUUCUGAUGAUACCCAGAGCGAAAAAGAGCCCAGCCCAAAAGAUGAGAGGAUGAAGAAAGCUAGAAAUCUUGCAAUUUCCAUGGCAACAAAAUCAGCUUCCCUUGCAAGAGAACUGAAAUCGAUAAAAUUGGAUUUAUGUUUUAUGCAAGAAAGAUGCACAUUGCUUGAGGAAGAGAACAGACGGCUUAGAGAUGGAUUUGAUAAAGGGAUUAGACCAGAGGAAGAUGAUCUGGUGAGGCUUCAAAUGGAGGCUCUACUUGCAGAGAAAUCCAGAUUGGCGAAUGAAAAUGCAAAUUUGGUUAGAGAAAAUAAGUGCCUUCAUCAACUGGUUGAGUACCACCAAAUGACCUCCCAAGAUCUCUCCGAAUCAUAUGAGCAGGUUCUUCAAGGAAUGUACUUGGACUUUUCAUCUCCAUCGUCAGCCAUAGCAAACAAUGAUGAUGAUUAUGAAGCUGCACAAACACCUGCGACAAAUUUCUUUGGUUUGUCCACUUCUCUUGACGAGAGCUUUGGUGAAGAAGAGUAGUCAUGAAAUGCAGCAACUAUAUCUACGUUUUGCCCAAAUUUCAAGUUGCUUUUCACUUGAAAUGUAAAUCUUGAAGCUUUUCUUGUUGAAUAAACUUUAAAAAAUUUAUCUACGUUUACAUUUCUGUCCUGGAA